AUGAGUCGAACAGCCUCCCGAAUCGGUCUAAUCAAUACCAGGAGCUUGCUUCCCAAGCUCGCCGAGCUCUCCCAUUGGGUAAACAACCAGAGGCCGUUCUUCCUUGGAAUCACGGAAGAUUGGCUCCAUCCGGAUAUUGGUGACGUGAGACAAGACCUCCAAAGCAAGGUUAUUCGAAGCCUUGGAGGUGAAGGCCUCGUUGAACAAUUUUGGGUGUCAGUUUCUAGUUCCCGCGAAUCUCUUGUAAUGCUGGGUGUUGUGUACAGAAGUCCUAGUACUACGUCUCUGGUCUGGCUCGACAAAUUCGCUGAAUAUGCAUCAUCUCAUUAUCCACACCUGCAAAUUGUCUUAACAACGCUUUUCAUGAUGUUGUUUCGGUCAAUGGCCUUGUGCAACAUGUGCUGUCACCUACGCGGAUAUCAGCUUCUUCGUCGUCAUGUUUGGAUUUAA